GGCAGCGCCGCCGCAGGACGCAGGGAAGCCAACUAGCGAGUGGCGGCGGCGGCGGCGGCGGCGGCGGUGGUGGCAGUUCGCCGCGAGGGCGACGGCUCCGAGGCCGAGUGGCGGUCCUGCGCAGACUUCGGUGCCCUCCUCCGCAUGAUCUUCUUGCUUUCAACCUGGUUUCGUCCUUUUCCACCUUCAUACCACAUCCCUGACUUUAAAACAAGUGCUACUCUUCUGGUGCCUUCCUGACCACUGUCACAGCGUUGUCACUUCCCACUUCACCCAGUUGGCUCCACGAACCAAGGAAUCUAACUUCGAUUUCUCUAAAAGAAAGUGCCUUUUAAUAUCUAAUUAUUCAAGGAUGUGGUGGGCCAACUUGGAUUCUGAUGGAACGUAACUUAUUAAUGAUCAGCCUUUGUACCUUCUCCACAUUUGAAGAUGGUGAAGCUAGAUAUUCAUACUCUGGCCCAUCACCUCAAGCAGGAACGCUUAUAUGUAAACUCUGAGAAACAGCUCAUUCAGAGACUCAAUGCAGAUGUACUUAAGACAGCUGAAAAGUUGUAUCGUACAGCAUGGAUCGCUAAGCAACAGAGAAUUAAUUUGGAUCGGCUUAUUAUAACCAGUGCUGAAGCUUCCCCUGCUGAAUGUUGCCAACAUGCCAAGAUUUUGGAAGAUACACAGUUCGUUGAUGGGUAUAAGCAGUUGGGAUUUCAGGAGACUGCUUAUGGAGAAUUCUUAAGUCGAUUAAGGGAAAAUCCUCGUCUUAUUGCCUCCUCUUUGGUUGCGGGAGAGAAACUUAAUCAGGAGAACACACAAAGUGUUAUUUACACAGUUUUUACCUCUCUCUAUGGCAACUGCAUUAUGCAAGAAGAUGAAAGCUACCUCCUUCAGGUGUUGAGAUACUUGAUUGAAUUUGAACUUAAAGAAAGUGACAACCCCAGGCGACUUUUGAGGAGAGGAACUUGUGCCUUCAGCAUCUUAUUUAAACUUUUUUCUGAAGGACUGUUUUCUGCCAAACUUUUCCUCACAGCAACUUUACAUGAGCCAAUCAUGCAGCUGCUUGUUGAAGAUGAGGAUCACCUGGAAACAGACCCAAACAAGCUAAUUGAGAGGUUCUCCCCAUCUCAACAGGAAAAACUCUUUGGAGAGAAAGGCUCAGAUAGAUUCAGGCAAAAGGUUCAAGAGAUGGUGGAUUCCAACGAGGCCAAACUAGUGGCUUUGGUGAACAAAUUUAUUGGUUAUCUCAAACAGAACACAUACUGCUUUCCACAUAGUUUGAGAUGGAUUGUGUCACAGAUGUACAAAACUCUCUCCUGUGUAGAUAGACUGGAAGUUGGGGAGGUCAGAGCAAUGUGUACUGACCUCCUGUUGGCCUGCUUCAUCUGUCCUGCGGUUGUCAAUCCAGAACAGUAUGGAAUAAUUUCUGAUGCUCCUAUUAAUGAGGUGGCAAGAUUUAAUCUGAUGCAGGUUGGCCGCCUUUUGCAGCAAUUAGCAAUGACUGGCUCCGAAGAGGGAGAUCCCCGGACAAAGAGCAGCCUUGGAAAAUUUGACAAAAGCUGUGUUGCUGCUUUCCUUGAUGUGGUGAUUGGAGGCCGUGCAGUGGAGACCCCGCCAAUGUCCUCUGUUAAUCUUCUGGAAGGGUUGAGCAGAACUGUAGUUUAUAUAACGCACAGUCAGCUUAUUACUCUGGUGAAUUUUAUGAAGAGUGUGAUGUCUGGAGAUCAACUGAGAGAAGAUAGAAUGGCUCUUGACAAUUUAUUGGCAAACCUGCCCCAGGCAAAGCCAGGAAAAAGCAGCAGUUUGGAAAUGACUCCCUACAGUACUCCUCAGCUGUCUCCAGCAACCACUCCAGCAAAUAAAAAGAAUCGAUUGCCUAUAGCAACUCGGAGCAGAAGCCGCACCAAUGUUCUAAUGGACUUACAUAUGGACCAUGAAGGAUCAGCUCAAGAAACUAUCCAGGAAGUGCAGCCAGAAGAGGUGUUGGUCAUUUCCUUAGGAACAGGUCCCCAGCUUACUCCAGGGAUGAUGUCAGAAAAUGAGGUCCUAAACAUGCAGCUUUCAGAUGGAGGACAAGGAGAUGUCCCUGUCGAUGAAAACAAACUCCACGGUAAACCUGAUAAAACCUUGCGCUUUUCCCUCUGCAGUGAUAAUCUGGAAGGAAUAUCUGAAGGUCCUUCAAAUCGUUCUAAUUCAGUAUCCUCACUAGACCUGGAAGGGGAAUCUGUAUCAGAACUUGGAGCAGGACCUUCUGGGAGUAAUGGAGUUGAAGCUCUACAGCUGUUAGAGCAUGAGCAAGCUACAACCCAGGAUAAUCUCGAUGAUAAGCUAAGGAAGUUUGAAAUUCGUGACAUGAUGGGACUGACAGAUGAUAGGGAUAUAUCAGAAACAGUGAGUGAGACGUGGAGUACAGAUGUCUUGGGAAGUGAUUUUGACCCUAACAUUGAUGAAGAUCGCUUGCAAGAAAUCGCAGGUGCAGCAGCAGAGAACAUGUUAGGCAGUUUACUGUGCCUGCCAGGUUCAGGGUCAGUGCUUCUUGACCCCUGCACUGGUUCUACCAUAUCAGAGACAACAAGUGAAGCUUGGAGUGUAGAGGUAUUGCCAAGUGACUCAGAGGCCCCAGAUCUAAAGCAGGAGGAGCGACUGCAAGAACUGGAGAGCUGUUCAGGACUGGGUAGCACAUCUGAUGAUACGGAUGUCAGGGAGGUCAGUUCCCGCCCCAGCACACCAGGCCUCAGUGUUGUGUCGGGCAUAAGUGCAACCUCUGAGGAUAUUCCCAAUAAGAUUGAAGACCUGAGAUCUGAGUGCAGCUCUGAUUUUGGGGGUAAAGAUUCUGUCACUAGUCCAGACAUGGAUGAAGUAACUCAUGGUGCCCACCAGCUGACCUCUCCUCCUUCUCAGUCAGAGUCUCUCCUUGCCAUGUUUGAUCCACUGUCUUCACACGAAGGGGCUUCUGCUGUAGUAAGGCCAAAGGUUCACUAUGCCAGGCCAUCGCAUCCACCACCAGAUCCCCCAAUCCUGGAAGGAGCUGCAGGAGGAAACGAGGCCAGGUUGCCAAACUUCGGUUCCCAUGUCUUAACUCCAGCUGAGAUGGAGGCAUUUAAGCAAAGGCAUUCUUACCCUGAGAGAUUAGUCCGCAGCAGGAGCUCUGAUAUAGUGUCUUCUGUCCGGCGACCUAUGAGUGACCCCAGCUGGAACCGACGUCCAGGGAAUGAAGAGCGAGAACUCCCCCAAGCCGCAGCCAUUGGUGCUACUUCUUUGGUGGCUGCACCUCAUUCAUCAUCUUCAUCCCCGAGUAAGGACUCCUCAAGAGGAGAGACUGAAGAACGCAAAGAUAGCGAUGAUGAGAAAUCAGACAGGAACAGACCUUGGUGGAGAAAGCGUUUUGUUUCUGCCAUGCCCAAAGCUCCUAUACCAUUUAGAAAGAAAGAAAAACAAGAAAAAGACAAAGAUGAUCUGGGGCCUGACAGAUUCUCAACACUCACAGAUGACCCGAGCCCUAGACUCAGUGCACAAGCUCAGGUUGCUGAGGAUAUUCUGGACAAAUACAGGAAUGCCAUUAAACGAACCAGUCCCAGUGAAGGAGCACUGGCAAACUACGAAAGUGCAGAAGUUACGGGUGAUGGUGAAAGUGCACACGAUUCGCCUCGUGAUGAAACCCUACAAAACAUCUCAGCUGACGAUCUCCCAGAUUCCGCGAGCCAAGCCGCCCACCCUCAGGAUUCAGCUUUCUCUUACAGAGAUGCAAAAAAGAAACUGAGGCUUGCUCUUUGUUCUGCGGAUUCUGUUGCUUUCCCAGUGCUAACCCAUUCAACAAGGAAUGGUUUACCAGACCAUACAGACCCAGAAGACAAUGAAAUUGUCUGCUUCCUAAAAGUUCAAAUAGCUGAAGCAAUUAAUUUACAAGAUAAAAACUUAAUGGCUCAACUUCAAGAAACAAUGCGUUGUGUGUGCCGCUUUGAUAACAGGACUUGUAGGAAACUACUGGCUUCUAUCGCCGAGGACUAUAGGAAAAGGGCCCCCUAUAUUGCUUACCUCACUCGUUGUCGACAAGGACUGCAGACCACGCAGGCUCACCUGGAAAGGCUACUGCAAAGGGUUUUGCGGGACAAAGAGGUGGCCAAUCGAUACUUCACCACUGUCUGUGUGAGGUUGCUGCUUGAGAGCAAAGAAAAGAAGAUCAGGGAAUUCAUUCAAGACUUUCAGAAACUCACGGCAGCUGAUGAUAAAACUGCUCAGGUGGAAGAUUUUCUGCAGUUCCUUUAUGGCGCCAUGGCCCAGGAUGUCAUAUGGCAGAACGCGAGUGAGGAGCAGCUUCAGGACGCCCAGCUCGCCAUCGAGCGAAGCGUGAUGAAUCGGAUCUUCAAACUUGCCUUCUACCCUAAUCAGGACGGGGACAUACUCCGUGACCAAGUUCUUCAUGAACAUAUUCAGAGAUUGUCUAAAGUAGUGACUGCAAAUCACAGAGCUCUUCAGAUACCAGAGGUUUAUCUUCGGGAGGCACCGUGGCCAUCUGCACAGUCAGAAAUCAGGACAAUAAGUGCUUACAAGACGCCCCGGGACAAAGUGCAGUGCAUCCUGAGAAUGUGCUCCACGAUCAUGAACCUCCUGAGCCUGGCCAACGAGGACUCCGUCCCAGGAGCUGAUGACUUCGUCCCUGUUUUGGUUUUUGUGUUGAUAAAGGCAAAUCCACCCUGUUUGCUGUCCACUGUUCAGUACAUCAGUAGCUUUUAUGCCAAAUGUCUGUCUGGAGAGGAGUCUUAUUGGUGGAUGCAGUUCACAGCAGCAGUCGAAUUCAUUAAGACUAUCGAUGACCGAAAGUAACCAAGACCAAGGCCCACCAAGGCAGCAGACCGUUAGGGGGGCACAUGGAUCUCUUAGAAAAUGUACCAGCUGCUUUGAAGGCUGAAGAUUGUUUUUGUAUAAUAUUGUACAGUGUUGAGACCUUUUAAAACAGAUCUUUACUAAACAGAUUAAUGAGCUAACAA